CGAUGAAUCCCCAGGAGAGAGAGAGAGAGAGAGAGAGAGAGAGAGGAGGCCAGGAUUGGAGCGCAAUCCGUGAAGCGGGAUUACUAGCUCUCCUUAUCCUAUCUCUCUAACCUCUUCACCUUCUCACACCUUCUCAUCUUCCAUCUCCAUCUUCUUGUUAUCCAGAUUGGUGUUCUGUGCAGAGAACAGGGGUUUGCGCCUCUGAGAAGGUCCUCUCAUGGCGCCCAAGUCUGGCCGCUGUAGAGGAAACAGAGGCAAAUCUGAAAGGAAGAAGAAGGAAGAGAAGACGGUGCCUAGCGUUGUGGAUGUGACGGUGUUCACGCCCUAUGAAUCCCAACUGACACUCAAGGGAAUUUCCAGUGAUAGGAUACUGGACGUGAGAAGGCUGCUGGGAUCCAAUGUGGAGACUUGCCAUCUCACCAAUUACUCCUUGUUGCACGCGGCACGUGGGCAGCGAUUGAACGACGCCGUGGAAAUCGUGUCGAUCAAACCAUGCGUUCUGAGAAUGGCGGAAGAGAACUACGCCACAGAGCAGCAGGCCGUUGCACACGUGCGAAGGUUGUUGGACAUCGUAGCUUGCACCACAGCUUUCGGAAAACACAAGCAGCAUCAACAUCAGCAGCAGCAGCCUCCUAAUGCCUCCUGCCCAAUUACCGAUCCCAUCCUGGAAGCUACAGUUCCUGCCAUUUCCGACAAGUUCGACAUGGCGGCGAUCCACGUGCCUCCUAAGCUCGCCGAAUUCUAUGAUUUCUUCUCCUUCUCACAUCUCAGUUCUCCAAUUCUGUUUAUAAGGAGACGUGAAGAAGGAAUUGCACGGGAGAGGCAGGAAGGUGAUUAUUUCGAACUAGAGGUUAAAGUUUGUAAUGGUAAGUUAAUAAAUGUGGUGGCUUCAGUCAAAGGGUUUUAUACUAUUGGCAAACAUUCUGUAUUAUGUCAUUCUCUUGUGGAGUUGUUACAGCAACUUAGCAGCGCAUUUUCAAAUGCAUACGAUGCAUUGAUGAGAAGUUUUGUUGAACAUAACAAGUUCGGUAAUCUGCCAUAUGGAUUUCGUGCAAAUACAUGGCUCGUGCCUCCUAUUUUUGUGGACUCUUCUAUGAGGUGCCAUUCUCUGCCUGUGGAAGAUGAGAAAUGGGGAGGAAAUGCUGGUGGUUAUGGCAGAGAUGAUAAGAAUGUCCAUAGACCAUGGGCAGCAGAGUUCUUGUCAUUGGCAAAGAUUCCAUGUAAAACUGAAGAGGAAAGGUUGAUCCGUGAUAGAAAGGCAUUUUUACUGCACAAUGUAUUUGUAAACACAGUAAUUUUUAAAGCUGUCUCAACAAUUCAAAGUAUCAUGAACAACAAAGAUUUGUCUACUUCACAAGGCUUAAAGCUACAUGAAGAACAAAUAGGAGAUUUUAGGAUAGUUGUACGACGGGAUCACAAUAAUGCUAGUAUGAAAUUAGAGGACAAAAUUGAUGGAAGCCGAUUACUUAAUCUCUCUGUUAAAGAGGUAGCCAUAAGGAAUCUUCUGAAAGGGUUGACUGCAGAUGAAAAUGUUGCUAUAAAAGACACUAGAGCUUUAGGCGUUGUCAUAGUUAAACAUUGUGGCUAUACUGCCACAGUUACAGUUUUAUACUGCAAGGAAGUAAAUAGCAAUGCAAAAAAGAGUAUUGUUCUUCCAAAACCAAAUAACAUUGAUGAAGAUGACCAACCAGAAGGAGGUGCCAAUGCUUUGAAUAUCAACAGAUUGAGGGUUUUGCUACCAUUGUCAUCGUAUACAGAAUCAGCAGGGGGAUGCCAAUCUUCUGUUUCCAACUUGAAUGAUGUCAAAGCUGCAAAGUCAUUAGUAAGAAAAAUUAUUAGUGAUAGCUUACAAACGUUAGAAGCCUUAUCUCUAUGUAAGGAGAGGUAUAUCAGAUGGGAGCUCGGUGCUUGCUGGUUGCAGCACUUGCAGCAAAAGGGUGCAUUAGAAGGUACUGAACCGAAAGGCAAUAGCACAGAUAGUUCGGAUGAACCUGUUAUCAAAGGUCUAGGGAAGAAGUUUGAAAAGUUAAAAAAGUUAAAAAGGAAAACGGGGAAUGCAGAUAAGAAAGAUGAGAAUGAAGGUACAAAUUCGGGCAACAAAUUUGGAAGAGAAACAGCUAAUUUUGAAGAGUUGAAGCAGCGUGAAUUGGACCAUGAGGAACAGCUAAGGAAACUCCUAUCAGAAGAAGCGUUCAACUUUUUGAAAGAUUCAGAAACAGGACUCCAUAAAAAGUCAAUAGAGGAGCUUACCAAGAUGGCACAUAAAUUUUAUGAUGAUAUUGCACUUCCAAAGCUGGUGGCAGAUUUUGCAUCUCUUGAGCUUUCUCCAGUUGAUGGAAGAACUCUUACUGAUUUCAUGCAUAUACGAGGACUUAGAAUGUGUUCCUUAGGAAGAGUGGUUGAACUUGGAGAAAAACUCCCACAUAUUCAGUCAAUUUGCAUUCAUGAGAUGGUCAUUCGUGCUUUCAAGUACAUAGUUCGUGCAGUUAUUGCUUCUGUGGAGAACUUACCUGAUUUACCGGCAGCAAUCGCUGCAACUUUGAACAUUUUAAUGGGUACACCAAAAAUGGAAAAUUUUGACAGUGACAUGACUAGUGAGCACAAUAUGACAAUAAGGUGGAUACAGACCUUCCUGUUGAAAAGAUUUGGUUGGAAGAUAAGAGAUGAAUUUAACCACUUGCGUAAGUUUGUAAUACUACGAGGCCUUUGCCAGCAGGUGGGAUUGGAGUUGGUUGCUAAAAAUUAUAACAUGGAUGCUCCAAACCCAUUUGAGAAGUCUGAUAUUAUCAGCGUUGUUCCUGUGUGCAAACAUGUGGUUUUAUCUUCUGCUGAUGGUAGGAACUUGUUGGAGUCAUCAAAGGCAGCUUUGGACAAAGGAAAGCUCGAUGCUGCUGUAAGCUUUGGAACAAAGGCACUUACUAAAAUGAUAGCAAUUUGUGGUUCAUAUCAUCGCUUGACUGCUAAUGCCUACAGUCUCCUAGCAGUAGUGCUAUACCAUACAGGUGAUUUUGAUCAGGCAACAAUAUAUCAGCAGAAGGCACUAGACAUUAAUGAGAGAGAGCUUGGACUCGACCAUCCAGAUACCAUGAAGAGUUAUGGGGAUCUUUCUGUUUUCUACUACCGUCUCCAACACAACGAAUUGGCUUUGAAGUAUGUAAAACGUGCACUUUAUCUUCUUCACUUCUCAUGUGGACUUUCACAUCCAAAUUCUGCUGCAACAUAUAUAAAUGUCGCAAUGAUGGAAGAGGGAAUGGGAAAUGUUAAUGUUGCACUUAGAUACCUCCACGAGGCCCUGAAAUGCAAUAAAAGGUUAUUAGGGCCUGAUCACAUACAGACUGCUGCAAGCUACCAUGCUAUUGCGAUUGCCCUCUCCAUGAUGGAGGCCUAUACACUCAGUGUGCAACAUGAGCAAACCACUUUGCGAAUUCUUCAAGCCAAACUUGGACCAGAAGAUCUUCGCACUCAGGAUGCUGCUACUUGGCUUGAAUACUUUGAAUCAAAAGCUUUGGAACAGCAAGAAGCCGCUCGAAGAGGCAUCCCAAAGCUUGAUGCAUCAAUUGCUAGCAAAGGUCAUCUGAGUGUUUCAGAUCUACUUAACUACAUAAACCCUGAUCAAGAUUCAAAAGAAAGAGACAGGAGAAAAAAACAAGGAAAUUCAAAGAACAGCAGACCCAGUCAUGAACAAUCCAUCAAAUUCAUAGAAGAUGCUCAAACUAAAGGAGAAUUAUCACACAUUGGUUCUGUAAAAGAAGAAUUGAAUCAGGUGAGAAAUGAGGCUGACAAUCAUUCAGAUAAUUCAAAAGAGCACAACAGUGUGGUCCUUAGUGAUAUCAGACAGGAAGAUGCAAUAUCUCCUGCCGAAUCUGCUGAAGAAGGUUGGCAAGAGGCAACCUCAAAAGGACGUUCUGGAUACACGAGAAGAAGUUUCCGAUCCAAAAGGGCAAAUGCCUCUAAAGAAACAUUAAACAACUUGCAGUCAGCAAGCUUUGCAACUGCUGGUUUUAAGAAACGUUUGCCUUCAUUACCAAAAUUACCAACCAGAACUACUGCAGUUGAUGCUUCUUACAUGGAAAAAGGUUUGACGACAGGAAGCUCAAAUAGUGGAGAUGAUACAAAUAAAUCACUCAUUAAGACCCUUGAAGCUGAUAUUACUGCAGAAAAAACUGAUAAAGUCAGCAGCUAUUCUAGGCUUGCCAUUGUCGCUUCAAAGUUUGUGUCUUACAAAGACGUAGCAAUUUCACCACCAGGAACACUUCUGAUGUCAAAAUUGGAGCAAGAGGAAGAGAAUGAAAGUGGUGACCCAAAGGUAAACCCUGACUUGGUAGAGAUUUCAGAGGACGAAAUCAAGAAACAAGAAAAUGCCUCACAAGAAGAAACAUUGAGCAACAAUAGCGAAAGGGAGGCUCAAUCAAGUGAUGGGAACACAUCAAAUUCAACUGAAAAAAUGGACACUGAUACAAAUCAGGAAUUGACAACCAAGAUAGAGACAACGAAUGGGAGUAAACUUUCGGCUUCAGCUCCUCCUUUCAAACCAGGAUCAUUAUUGUCUAUGUCUCAUCCAUAUAACUCAGUUGCUACCAGAGGAUGUUAUGACUUGAGAGUUUCUCAACAGAUGAUGACUCGAUCCUUAGAAAUUCCCUCAACUCAAUCUGUUAAUUCCAGAGUACCAUGUGGUCCAAGAUCAAAACUGUACUACAGGACAGUUCAUUCGUCCCGAAGGAAACAUUUCCAUUCCAACACCCAGAAAGUCUUUGCAAACAGAAGCAGACCUACGUCUACCAUCAUGAACCCUCAUGCAGCUGAAUUUAUGCCUGUAAAAGUUUUGGAACAACAAGAUCACUCUGAUGCUAUUCCUGCAACACAAAUUCCUACAACUGAAGGGAACAAUUCCAAUGAUCGAACUUCUAUAGUUCUUGAGGAAGAUAAAUUGGAAACUGAUAAAGUUUCUGAUGAAGGAAAUAUCGAGAGGACUCAACUUAAUGGAGGACAAGAUUUGCAAGAGAAAUGUAGAGCGAUGGAGAGUUCGGCAGCUUUGAAGAGGACUGAACUUGCAAGGCAUAUUCUGCUCAAUAUCUUUUUUAAGUCCAAGAGAGAUAGUUUCAGGUCCCCAGCUGAAGCUCAGGACACUGUCAACACACCUAGUCAUAAUAGAACAAGUACAGGGAAUAUUACCAGUGAAGCUAAUCCAGGUCAUGGUUCUCAACCCCAUACUCAUGGAUCACCGAAACGUACAGAGAAGAUUCAAAGCCAGGACACUGAAGGAUUUACCAUGGUCUCAAAGAGAAGAAGCAAACAGCAGCAACCCUUGGAUGCAGUUCAUGGUCUGUACACUCAACAGUCUAUAUGUGCGUAGGUGAGUCUCCAAAGAUUUUGAAGCAAGCACUUAAAGAUCUAUAAGAAUAUUCCUUGAGAAUGCUGAGUUUUGGAAAUAAAUCUUCCUCCCAAUCAAGGUUGUAGAGAAGUGCCUUGUAACUCCAAACCAAGUUUUCUACUUGAUGAAUUGGAGCUUUACAAACAGGGAACUCUACACCAUCUUUCUGGUCCAUAAUAAAUUCUUUGGAGAUUCGCCAAGAGAGUUAGAUGAAUUUUGAUAUUAUUUUAUAGUUUUUGAGUUUGUAAAGCUCAAAAAAAAAACUUCAACUAUCGAAUCCCACGGUUCAGUGCCUCAUUUGGAGCAACUUCAAUAUGUAUAUUUAUGUGCCUGUUUCUGCUUUUCUGAGGUCUGAAAUUUCUGCUAUCGAAUUAGGUGGUUGACCAGCUUCUACAUUUGAAAAA